AUAAAUGUGUUAUUGAGAGGAUAUUGUUUUUAAACAUAUCUGAUAAAGUAAGGGUGUUAAAGCAAUGGCAGAGAAGAUAUAUUGGUGCUGUGUUGUUGUGUUUGUGGAACUAGUGCUAGUGUUGAGCGGCUGCGAGUCAAGCACAAACGAGUUCAGUGUUCCAAUGUUGAUGCAGAUGAAUAUCAACAAAGCGUGUGAUGAGAUAUACGUGGUUCGUGAGGGAGAGACUCUGCAAACAAUUAGUAACAAGUGUGGGGAUCCAUAUAUCGUUGAAGAGAAUCCACAUAUCCAGGACCCUGAUGAUGUUUUCCCUGGUCUCGUUAUCAAGAUUAACCCUUUCACGAAUCGAUAAAAAAAAAAAAGUAUUGAUUUUUGUGGUCUUGUUGAACAAGAUUACAAGAGGAAGAGGUACGGUUCUUCUACUUUACGUAAAGAAAACUAGAAAAGCUUCUCAUAAGGGUGCGGUUUAUCGUAAGAACAAAUAUGUCGUCUGAAGCAUCAAGGGUGAUAAUGCAUCAAACUCCUUGCUGGUUGGUAGGGAAGGGUGGUGAUUUUUCGUAUUCCUUUUUUACAUCAUUUUACUUCAUGAGGAAGAUUAAAAAAAAAAAAAAGAGUGUAAAGUGGAUGUAAAAUGUGCGGAACGAAAAAAUCAAAGUUUUAGUUGUAAGUAUAAAAAUAAGGGUAAUUAAAAAAAGAUACAUGAUACUUAUUUUUAUUUGA